UCCCCGAAGCGGAAUGUGCGACAGCUGCGGUAAGGACAAUAUUUUCGCGCGUUUAAGUGGAAGGUUGCUUUUCUUCGAACGGCCGCGAUGACAUUUUGGUGUGUACGUCAGAAAGGAGAAGAGAGACACGGUUAGAAAAUCCUUUCUCUACUUCCUAUGGAGUAGCGAGAGGAUUUCUCCCCGCCAGCGUCGAGUUCUUCGUAAUCAACAGCCAAAAAGCUACGCGCUCGUUGUUUCCGCGAGAUCUUGCUGCAAGAAUACUGCAGUACACACAUGUACAUGUACAUACACACGCUGUCUGCAGUUGUAGCGCUCGGCGGCCUCUCUUUUUGCACUUGGCGCAUCGGAAGUGUAGGCUAUAGCUAAAAAUAGUUGUCGCAUAUUUGUCCGCGAUCCCUGUGUGUCAAAUCCUUUAACGUUUCGUUGUAAGCACACAUUUCUUUCACCACGAUGCUAAUUUUAUCGGCAAUCUCGUGAGACCCCUUAGUCAGAAUGUGCCACGGGUAACGGAUGGCGCAUUUAUUAUCUUUGGAGAUCCACUGCGCACACCCCACAGUGAAAGUGGAAUUGCAAUAAAAUUUUUUCCAGGUUUCGUCGGCAAUACCGCCUGUAGCAAUUUAUUGCCAACAAUGCAGCUCGGCACGUCCAAUGUGGGCACGGGUGCCAGUAGCGGCCCGACAUUUGCGUUUAGUCGCAGUUUCAGUAUGUUAAGUCAUGGGGAAGGGAGAUUCAGCGGAUGGGGAUUUAAGCGGGGAAACCGAGCGGGACGAGCGUCUCGAGGGAAGUUAUCGACGGUUAACGGAACUGACCAGGAUCGUUUGCUGGAGCAAAUCCCAGUAGUGAAAAGCGGGCCGAUGACCCUGGCCAGUCUCCUGCAGGCACACAGCCAGCUGGCUGUACCCCUGCACCCCAUCGACGUCAAGGAUCUCGGCCGGCAAGUCUCUCGCUACCGCAACAACAAAGCCCAACUCAAAGCCGAAUUUGCCAUUGUCAACCGCAAUCCGCCUCUUCCCCAGACCCAGGCGAAACUGCGCUCCAACUCGGGGAAGAACAGUUUCCCCAAAGUACUGCCGUACGAUGAAACACGGGUUCUCCUGCAGCCGGCCCCGAAUGAAUCCUAUUCCGACUACAUCAACGCCUCGUACAUUGACAGCUUCGAUAUUCCCCGCGCCUACAUUGCCACACAAGGUCCUUCUAAAAAAACCGCACCAGAUUUCUGGCGUAUGGUCUGGCAGGAGCGGGUGGGAUGCAUUGUGAUGCUGACACGGGUAUUUGACUUUAUUAAAGUCGUGUGCAUCGAAUACUGGAAAGCGGAGAAUGAUGAACCGUUUGGUGAUAUUGCCGUGACCGUGGUCAACAAGGAGACAUUGGCCAAUUUCAUCGUCCGUACCGUGCGGUUACGGCGCGGUCAUGAGGAGCGGGAUAUUAAACAUUUUCAGUUCCUGGAGUGGCCGAUGCACCGUGUCCCCGACACCAGUCACAUCCUCGAAUUCCGUCGCCGGGUUCUGGAUUACACCGCCCAUCAUAAUAAUUUUGACGGACCGAUUGUCGUCCACUGCUGCGACGGGGGCAGUCGCACCGGUGUGUAUUUAGCUCUUGAUAUGAAUCUGGAUAUGUUGUUGUGCGAGAGUCAAAUCGAUGUGUUCGGCUGUAUUCGCCUGUUGCGCCAGAUGCGGCCGUAUAUGGUAGAAAAUAAAGCGCAAUACCGGUUUCUCUAUGAGGCCUUGUUGGAAGCGUAUCUAACCGGGGACACAGUCAUUCCAGUGCUGGAAUUAGCCAGCCGUAUGAAGAUGCUGUCCGGGAAGACAUCGGUGGGCGGCCGCCGUAUUAAUCAUUUCCAUGAAGAGUUUAAAUUAAUUCAGCGUCUGACGCCGCAUCUCAGUACGGGUGUCUGUGCCGGUGGUCAUCGCACCGAUAAUCGCUACAAAAACCGCGAUGUCAUCAUGGUCCCGCCGGAUUAUGCGCGACCAUAUUUGACCUCUUUCCAAGGUCAAGAGCAGUCGGAUUAUAUCAAUGCUGUGUAUGUCGAUGGUUUCCAGCGCAAGAACGAUUUCAUCGUUACCGAAUGGCCACAGCGGAAUACCGUUAACGAUGUAUGGUCACUGGUGUACGAUCACGAUUGUAACACGGUAGUCAUGCUCAUCGAUCCACAAACCUCUACAAAUUUCCCGUCCUUCUUUCACGAAAAGGGCAAACAGAAGCCCUACGGUGUGUUCACACCGGAACUGAUUUCCUGGCAGCAUUAUCCCAAUAUUCGCACCAUGAUGUAUAAGAUUCGCAAGAAGACCGUAUCCCUGCAGGAGAUGAUGAUGGGCACGGUGAACGAGCUGAAGAGUACCCAGUUCUUUGUGCUGGAAUGCUGGCCCGAAAGCAAUAAAGUGCCCACCAGUACAGCGGCCGUUAUUGAGCUGUUCAAUAUGGUCGACCGUUGGCGGUUGAAGACCGGGAACAAACCGGUGCUGAUUGUGUCCCCGGAUGGAUUCAGCCGGGCGGGCGUGUUCUGUGCGGCCAAGAUCGCCUGUGAACAGAUCACAAUGCACCAGGAGGUGGAUGUUUUCCAUGCGGUGAAGACGGUGAAAAUUAAUCGGCCACAGCUAGUCAACAGUCCGAUGGAAUACAAGUACUGUUAUGACCUCGUUCGCACCUAUGUCUACACCGUCGCCACUGCCAAUAACGCCAAAUCGGAUAGUACAGAUCAUUAAACUACGAAGGAUUAAAAAAUAUAAUCUCUGAAGAAUUUUGCCUCUUGUUGUUAUUUAUUUCAAAGUAUAUUCUUUUCUUCUGCGUGUGACACCAGUUCAAAACAUUUUCACUUUCUGUCUUCCAUUUUAUUUCCAUUAAAUCAAGUACGUACAGAGUAUACAAACCGGUCGUUCAGCUGAGAGAAAAUAUUUUGACGAUUAAAAAACCGGCAGUCGUAA